AUAUACAUACCUAUGCUUAUCGAUCUGUUGAGUGCACCGGACGCUAUGAACCCGGGCAGCGUGUUUGGAACCAUAGAAACGCACGGGUGUGUAACCUUUGUUUAGUCUAACGCAUCAAGAGCUCGGUAACCUUAUCGCAAUAUGUAGGAUUUUGCUUUUAGUAGUUUUAGAUAGUAAAAUGUCCGAAGUAACGGAAAAUGACGAUGUUUCGACGACGGCGAGUAACCCUAAUGGCAGCGUGGAAGCUGAAAGCGAAAAAACGUUCAAAUUAUCGCCUUUGGCGACUAUGGAUUGUCGAAUUCUCUGGAUACGUGAUAAAAUAAUGAAGUUUCUGGGCCUUGGUAAUACGCAGAUUGUAUUCAACGAUCUUAUGAAUAACAAUAAUCGUUAUAAUGAAGAGAAAUUAUUGAAUUUCUUGAAUACGGACACUUACGAAGUGGCUGAUCUUGAGUAUAAGCAAAUAUUCUUUUAUAAGACAUACCGAGAUGAGAUUGUUCAAGAAGAAGUCUCAAUUUGGGAAGAAGACAAAAGAAAAGCAAAGGGCAAAGUAGCGAAGAAGCCGAAAAAGUCGAAAAAACCUGUGAAAGGCAAGCUGGAACGUACGGAUUCGCUUCGCACGGACGACACUGCAGCUGCGGUGGAUAGUGCGAUCGAGUCGUCGACAGCCCUGCGAUCGAAUCAAUCAACGGGUGGUGAGAGCGACGAGGGAGGAGAAGAAGAUGAGGCUGACUACGAUGACGAUGAUCUCAACGACGAAGUCUUCGCUCUGCUGGUCAAGGAGAAGAGCCAACCGGCGUUGCACACCACAUCGUACGCAUCAGAAAGCUUCGUACCGCCUCCUGGAGAAGAAGAAAACUACAUAUUGACAAGGAAAGUGGUUGACCGAGUGGUCCAGAUCCCGGUGCUUCACUGCUUCUUCGGUGAGAUAGACGGUUCCUCCCCCGAGCUCCAGAACCAGCGUUUGAUCUACAUCCUGCGCAGCAACGACGCGUCCAUUCCCAGCUUCGACUCUCGCGCCGAGUGUUGGUCCGAGAUGCCCCGUCACGUCGUUUGCGGCUCGUUGCAGGCCCAGUUUCUUCCUGCCAUGGCCCAGAUCCUCAAACAGGUCUUUCUACCUCUGGCCGAAAAACAGUUCAGAGGACCAGAGGCAGCACAAGACAGGGCUGUCAGAGAUGCCCUGACAUCCAUGAUGGAGACGCCUGGGAUUGAGAGGGCUGCUGAGACGCUUUCCGAUCUGACAAAGUCCCAGGGCACAGCGUUCAUGCCUCCAUCCAACAUCCGCAGAGUGUCACUGAUGGUGGAAAGGCUGAGAAGUGAAGACGAACACUCUGAGGCGUCGAAAGUUUCUGGAGACGGAGUCUCGCAGUCCAGAACCGGAAGUAGAAGGUCCACAGAGCAGCCGAAGAAAUAUAUCGAACCUAGUAAAGCCGAAUUUUUGGACUAUCUGUCGAAACUCAUCGAAUCCGUGGAAUGGACUUUGGAUCACGUCGAAGGUGACACUCUACUGACGAUUCCUGACGUCUUUGAAAACUUGGAAGCAGGUGUAACAGAUGCCGAUCUCGCGAAGAAUACGAGAAUAAUCGAACAGCUCGAGGAAAUCGUCUUGUCGUGGGAAAAGCACAUCAAGAGGGUCUUGGAAUCCUAUGCCAACAAGUCACCACAAGGUAAAGGACCACUUGCCGAGUACUCGUAUUGGCACGAUAGAGAGUCCGGUUUAUCGCUGCUGGUCGAACAGCUGAGGUCGCCCGCGAUAGCUCGCAUUCAUGCGAUUCUAAAAACGGCCCAUUCGGCUAUUGGUUCGGGAUUCGAUUACUUCGCUCACGAGCUGAACGACUGCUACGAAGAGGCUAAGGAGAACAACAAAUUUUUGUCGACGGUACUGAGAUAUUUCAAGAUAGUGGCAGAAAGCGACUCGUUCGAGGGAAUAUCGAAGUUGAUGCCGUCAAUGUAUGAACACUUGAAAAUGAUCUGGAUUUUGUCCAAGUAUUACUCAACAGAAGAGCGGAUGGUUUCGUUACUCGAACGGAUAUCUUGGCAAUUGCGCCAGAACGUCAUGAAAAAUUUAGCCAUAAAACCACUGUUCGAUGAACCCUUAGAGACAGUUUUGGAGAAAACUAACGCAGCUCACAAGAUGCUUAAACUGUGGAAAACUGCGUAUCUCAAUACGCGCAAUAACAUCGAAUUGUCGGGAAAAGGCGCUCGCUGGGAAUUCGAACAGAGAAGGCUCUUCAAAGAUACCGAUUAUCUAGCUGCUGUAAGCGCAGACCUGCACGAGAUAGCCGGUGUCCUUCGGGACUUCUACAACAUCUUCGGUGAAGAGCUAAAAUCCAUCGUAGACGACCCGGCACGAAUCGACAGCAUAAUCGAUCGAGUAGGUCAGCUUCUCAUUCCUAUUCGCGCCGCUGAGAACGACGCUUUCAACGAGUACAAUCGCGAGAGUUGGGAGGCGACGAUGUCGUGGUUUCGAGGCGAAGUCGAGCGUCUGGAGAACGAGGCGAAGGUUUUCAUAGACGAGUGUUUCAAUGCUCUGAUAAGGGCCGAAGACGCACUGGCUAUGCUCAUGAAGUUCAGGGCCAUGAAGACCAGAGAAGCUGUACAUGAGAGACUCGCCAUGAAGUUCGACGUUAUCAUGCAGCAGUUCAGUAAAGAGAUCGACGAGGUCGAGGGUAUUUUCAAUAGGGGUAAACGAAAUCCGCCGCUUCUGCGCUAUCAUCCACCGAUAGCCGGUGCGAUUUACUGGGAACGUCAGCUUUUCCAUCGACUGAAGGGUCCGAUCCUUGUCUUCCAAGAAAUCGAGGAGCUCCGCGACAGCGAACUCAGGGCUUUUACUUUCGAGCAAUACGUCGCUGUGGCUAAGCAAAUGAAGGCUUACGAAGAUGCCAAAUUCGAGGACUUUGGACAAAAAGCUCUUAGUUUACUUCAGGGGACUAUGAGGCGGAAUGUGCUGACGGUGCAACCUUACGAGAGAAAAACUGUCGAUACGCGAGGCACGCAAUCGAAAAUGCUGAAAAUCACUAUGCUGAAGAAAAUCGGAAGUGGCGAUUAUAUCUCGACUACUGGGACGCCUAUGACGACUUCUCGCGGUGACGAGCGAAUCAGUUAUUUGAUGCCCAAUAAACCCAGUUUCGAUGCUAGGUUGUCUAUAAAUCCGAGUUUGAAAACGAUCGCCACCUUGAAAAGUGUUAAGACGCAGUAUCGAUCUGACAGAAAGUCUGAAGUCACACGUACCUCAAAAACUAGACCGUCAUCUGGAUCUACGAUUACGGAGAAACUACAGCAGCAAAUUCUCAAGAACACCGAGCUCAUGCGAGGUGCUAUUUUGCUGGAAAAUCAAAUCAAGUUGACUGUGAAUUUCGAUAGAAAAGUGUUUGACAUAAUAAGAGAGGCUGAAUUAUUGGAGCAUUUGGGGUUCGAACUGCCAGCAGUCAUACGUGAAGUUGGUAUCCAGAAGGACAGACUACACGAAGACAGCGAAGCUGUAGAGAAAAUGAUCAACCAGUACAACGAUAUCAUUGAGAAGUUCGAUGAUGCAGAUAUAUUACUACUGAAGCAUACACUCGAAAACGUGGAGAAACACAUCCAGCCAGGUGUCACUCGACUCAAUUGGUAUUCCCUGGGAAUCAAUGAUUACGCUACUGGAUGCAGCAAACUUCUGAAGAGUCUAGCUUCCAUAGUUGCUCAGGUCAAUCACAUCAGACGCGAUCUAGACUCGCAGAUAGAUGACGUACUUGGAAGGUACAACCUCUUCGCUACUAACGAUGAUCCAGAGGCUCCGGGUUACGAAUUACGUGGUUGCAAAGAAUUCUUUUUAGAAGUCGAAAGCAAAAGGACAGAGCUUGUGAGUGCGAUGCUGAAAUGUUACCAAUCCACAAGUCCUAUGUUGGUGAAGCUGGAAAGUCUCGUUGAGGGAACUUCAACUGGCAAAAGUCCAGCGAUGCUAUUGUAUUACGAGCGCUAUGAGCAAACCAUUUUUACGGCAUUCAUAACAUGUUUCGUACGAAAUUUGGAGCACUUGAAACAGCUUCUAGUAUCCAGCAAACCUCUUUUUCAAGUGAACGCUGCUUUGUUCGCCUCGGAGGUGGUGCUCAAACCGUCGGCGGGUGAGAUUUACACAAUCAUUCUACAAGACGUCAAGGACCUCAUGGAGAGACUUCGAGUUUUUCCGCGAUGGAUGGUGCGCACUUGUCUCGAAUGUCAGCCGCUGAAGGACGAGUCCGCGACGGAUUUUGUGAUUUUCAGCUUCUUCGAAGAUAUCAUGAGCGUUCAAAUAAUAAACGAGCUGAUUUUCGCUGUGCAAGAAACAUCGCAUCGAUUGUCUCAGGAUUGCUGGCGAUACCUUCACAAAUGGAAACAAUACAGCAAUCUGUGGUCACUCGAUAAGACUCAAGUCUGCGAAAAAUUCGCAGCUUCCAAUCCCACCCUCCAGCAGUACGAUGAGAAAUUCGGCUUCUACGACUCCAUCAUUGAAGAAAUCGACGAGAUGACGGAUCACUUCGACGUUUCUAGCAUAAGGAUCAACCUUCAACCUCUACUCAACGGCAUUAAGGAUAACGCGCGAGAAUGGAAGCAGGUGUUGGGCAACUUUCUUCUGACCGACACGGCGAAGGCGAUGACCGAUCUGAAAGACACGAUUGAGAGGUUCCGAGGAGAGGUGGAACUGGUCAUCAGUGGCUUGGAACGUUUUAAAAUCGUGAUGCAGUGCAUCAGCGACAUCAAGCGCAUGGCUAUCCAGGCGGAGGUCGAAUACUUGCAGUAUCAGGAAACUUUCAGAAUACUCAGAGCUCACAAAGUGGAAUAUCCUGCGGGCGACGAAGAAACCGCACACAAGUUGCAACAGGACUGGGAAUCUUUGUAUCUUGGAGCACUUUACAGAUCGAAUAGUCUCGAGAGUACAAAAGAUCAGUUUUGCGAUAUGACCACUAAAGAAAUCGAGGAAUUUGGUCGCGAGGUUGCCGAAUUUAUAGAGAAAUUCCAAAGCGAGGGACCAGGAAGCUACGGUGAAGAUUUGGACACUGGAAUGAAAAAAAUGGAUGAAUACGGCCAGCAAAUUUCUGAACUUGAACAAAAACUCUACGACCUAACAAACGCCGAGCUACUCUUCGACCUGCCUCCAGCAGACUACUCGAGCUUCUACUCCGUCGAGCGGGACUUCGAGGCGAUGGGCGAAUUGUUUAAGCUAUACAAGAGCCAGAAGACAGCAAGAGAUACCUGGGCCAAGACCCUAUGGGUCGACCUAAACCCUCAACAGCUGAUCGACGGGAUGGAUGCAUUUUUGAAGGAGUUUCGCAGGAUGCCAAAGGCUGUCAGGAGCCUACAAGUUGGCCGUGCUUUGGAGGCCAAUAUGAAGAGCUUCAAAAAUUCAGUGCCGCUGUUCGUUGAAUUGAAGAACGAGGCUAUGAGAGAGAGACAUUGGAAGGAGCUGAUGGACCGAACUGGAAAGCAUUUUGACAUGUCGUCAGACAGGUUCACACUCGAGAACAUGUUCGCCAUGGACCUGGCACGCUACCAGGACAUCGCCGAGUCGAUCGUGAACAACGCGAGUCGCGAACUAGCUAUAGAACGCGGUGUCCAGGAAGUAGCGCAAAUCUGGUCCACCAUGGAAUUCAAACUGCUUCGACAUACGAAAGUUGGCGAGGAUCGCGGCUUUGUGCUUGGCAGCGUUGAUGAACUAACUCAGAUUCUCGAAGACAACGCCCUGAAUCUUCAAAGCAUGUCAGCCUCCCAAUUCGUCGGUCCCUUCCUGAGCGUCGUUCAAAAAUGGGAAAAAGCUAUGCGCACAAUUGCUGAUGUCGUCGAAGCUUGGCUAGAACUUCAGCGACGUUGGAUGUACCUAGAGGGAAUCUUCGUCGGUGGGGACAUUAGAGCACAACUACCCGACGAAGCUAAGCGGUUCGACGAUGUGGAUAAGAGCUUUCGUAGAAUCAUGGUUGAUACUGCUAAAAAGCCGAAUGUUUUGGAAUGCUGCUCUAUACCGGGUCGUAAAGAAGAAUUCGAAGGGUUGAUCAUGGCUCUCGAGAAGUGUCAGAAAUCCUUGAGCGAAUAUCUAAAGAGCAAACGUGCCGUGUUCCCACGUUUCUCCUUUAUCAGCGACGAUGAGUUGCUCGGCAUUUUGGGAAGCUCCGAACCGAGUGUUAUUCAAGAACACGUAGGCAAGAUGUUCGAUAACCUGAGUAAAUUCAGACUUGGACCUGAUAGUCAGGAGCGAAUAGUCGCCAGUGCGCUAAUCUCGACUGAAGGCGAAGUCAUGGAAUUCAGGAAUCCGGUGGUAGCAGAAGGUAACAUCGAGGACUGGUUGGUCCAGGCACUGGAUGAGAUGAGACGAUCCAAUAGAUAUCUCACCAAGAAAGCUGUAUACGAUUAUGGAACCAUGAGCAAACCGAGAACCGAAUGGAUGUUAGAUUUUCAAGGCAUGAUGAUUCUGGCGGCUAAUCAAAUCUGGUGGACCGCUGAGGUUGAGAACGUGUUCAAGAAAAUUGCGAUGGGGAAGAAACGCGCUAUGAAAGAGUAUCUGCAACAGCUGAUUCAGCAGUUGGACGAAGUCGUGAAACUGAUGGGGGGAGAUACUCUUUCGAACAACGACAGAAAGAAGCUCGAUACGGUGUUGACUAUCGACGUUCACACGCGAGACAUAAUCGAAGGAUUCGUUCGAGAUAGCAUCAUGGAUGCUAUGGAGUUCGAAUGGGAAAGUCAAUUGCGAUUUUAUUGGGUACAUGACUUGGACAACGUGUGGAUGCAUCAGUGCACCGGAUCAUUCGAGUAUGGCUACGAAUACAUGGGAUUAAAUGGAAGAUUAGUCGUCACUCCUCUGACGGAUCGCAUUUAUCUUACCAUAACUCAAGCUCUGUCGAUGCAUCUUGGUGGAGCUCCGGCUGGACCCGCUGGCACGGGGAAAACCGAGACCACGAAAGAUUUAGCAAAAGCUCUAGGUCUUCUGUGUAUCGUGACCAAUUGUGGUGAAGGUAUGGACUACGUAGCUAUUGGUAAAACUCUCGGAGGUCUAGCUCAAUGCGGUGCUUGGGGGUGUUUCGACGAGUUCAAUCGUAUCGAUGUUUCGGUUCUCUCGGUAAUCUCCACUCAAUUACAGACCAUCAGAUCCGCUUUGCAGAGUAAAGCUACUCGUUUCAUGUUUGAAAAUCAAGACAUCACUCUAGACUCCAAAGUGGGCAUUUUUAUAACCAUGAAUCCAGGUUACGCCGGCCGUACCGAACUUCCGGAAUCCGUGAAAGCUCUCUUCAGACCCGUGGUCUGCAUCGUUCCGGAUAACGAGCUCAUUUGCCAGAUCAAACUAUUCAGUGCAGGUUUCCUCACGGCGAAGGUACUGGCUAAAAAAAUGACAGUUUUGUACAAUCUAGCUCGCGAACAGCUCAGCAAGCAGACUCACUACGACUUUGGCCUUCGAGCUCUCAAGUCCGUACUGAACAUGGCUGGGCAACUGAAGAGAACGUCAGGAAAUUUACCCGAGGAUGUGGUGCUUAUGAGAGCGUUGAGAGACAUGAAUCUGCCGAAGUUUAUCUUUGAAGAUGUGCCGCUAUUUUUGGGUUUGAUUAAGGAUCUGUUUCCUGGACUGGACUGUCCCAGAGUUAGAUAUCCUGACUUCAACGAUGCAGUCGAGAAGGCACUUAGGGAUAAAGGUUACGCCAUCAUACCUGAUCAGGUUGACAAAGUGGUACAGCUGUACGAAGUGAUGAUGACUCGUCACUCGACGAUGAUUGUUGGUCCGACUGGCGGUGGUAAGACCGUCGUUAUCCAAGCUCUUUGCGACGCUCAGACUCUGCUCGGCAAACCUUCGAAGCUUUACAUCUUGAAUCCGAAAGCCUGUACCGUCAUCGAACUCUACGGUGUUCUGGAUCACACUACGAGAGACUGGACCGAUGGACUGUUGAGUAACAUAUUCAGGGAGGUGAACAAACCUCUGGAUUCCAAUGUAGACGAGAAGAAGUACAUACUGUUCGAUGGUGAUGUUGAUGCCUUGUGGAUCGAGAACAUGAACUCCGUAAUGGACGACAAUAAAUUGCUGACUCUGGCUAAUCAGGAGCGAAUCAAACUUCAGGAUCACUGCAAUUUGUUGUUCGAGGUCGGUGAUUUGCAAUACGCGUCACCAGCUACGGUAUCCAGAGCUGGAAUGGUCUACGUCGAUCCAAAGAAUUUAGGGUAUCAACCGUUCAUGGAUAAAUGGAUCAACAGUCGAAACAAAUCAGAGCAAAGCGUGUUACGCUUUUUAUGCGAAAAAUAUGUUGACACCGGAAUCCGUUUCAUCAUCGACGGUUUGUUAGGUCUUCAGCAAGUCGUACCUCUGAAACUGAUAAUUCCUCAAACUCGCCUCAACAUGGUCACACAACUCUGCGUCACCAUAGACGCCCUCUAUCCAAAACCAGCAGUCGACGAGUAUCUUCGCGAUGAAGAUCGGAUCCUCACUGACGAAGAAGAAACUCUUCUCAUCGAGAAAACGCUGAUCCGCGACGAAACACUCGAGGCAGUGUACCUACAAGCUUGUUACUGUUCACUGGGCGCAGCUGUCACCUCGGAAUCUCGCAAAGAAUUCGAUGACUUCAUGAAGAAAACCUCUGGCCUGAUGAUGGUUGAAGACUCGGCUGAGAAGCCUGCGACCACUCGGUACAUGCCGACCCUCUUCCCUCAGCUUUACGAUUACCUUCUGGACGUGGAUAAGAGGAUCUGGGUUCCCUGGAAGUGGAUGGUGUCGAAGUAUGUUCACGAGAGGGGAAGACACUUUGGGGAAAUUCUCGUGCCUACAGUGGACACGAUCAGGGCAACUUGGUUCGUCGAGCUGAUGAACGAGGCCAAGAAGCCUAUGGUCCUGGUUGGAGAUACUGGAACUUCCAAGAGCGCUAUUAUUAUGGAUUUUCUGAGGAACCUGGAUGCGGAUAAGUUCAACCACCUGCCCAUCAACUUUUCCUCACGAACGACGUCACUGGACGUUCAGCGAAACAUCGAGUCGGUUGUGGAAAAACGUACGAAGAAUGUUUAUGGACCAGCCCCGGGAAAGCGUCUGAUCGUUUUCAUCGACGACAUGAACAUGCCGAUGGUCGAUACUUACGGAACGCAACAACCGAUUGCGCUGCUGAAGCUACUCCUCGAAAGGGGCGGGUUCUACGAUCGUGGAAAGGAUUUGAAUUGGAAGAACGUUAGAGACAUAAGUUUUCUAGCAGCAAUGGGAAAAUCGGGUGGCGGGAGACACGACGUGGAUCCGCGUUUCGUUUCUAUGUUCUCGGUUUACAACGUGACGUUUCCAGCUGACGAUACUCUUCACUACAUUUACAAGAGUAUCUUGUCGGGGCAUUUGGAGAUCUUCUUAGAUCCUAUUCAAGCAUUAGUCGAUGAGAUAAUUAAGAUCACUCUGGAGCUCUAUAAGCUCAUUAUCACUGAAUUGCCACCGACGCCGUCGAAAUUCCAUUACAUCUUCAACAUGCGAGAUCUGUCGCGAGUGACCGCCGGCUUGUUGCAAAGUGACCCGAGCCACUUUAAAACAGAUCAGCAAUUCGUGCGACUGUGGAGAAACGAAUUCACGAGAGUCUUUUGCGAUAGGCUUAUCUCCAAAUCGGAUCAAGACAUCGUGCAGGGCCACGUCGAAGAAAAAAUCAAAAGCUCGUGGGAUCUUGAGCCGGACACAACGAGCUAUGCUUUGCGAAAUCCCCUGCUCUUUGGAGAUUUCCGCAAUGCCUGCAGCGAAGAUGAAGUGCGUUUGUACGAGGACCUGCUUGACUACGAAGCGGUUUACAAUCUCUUCAUGGAGAUCCUCGAAGAGCACAACGAACGUCGCGGCAAGCUAAGCAUGGUUCUCUUCAACGAUGCACUGGAACACCUGACUAGAGUACACCGAACACUUCGUAUGCAACGUGGUCACGCAUUAGUUGUUGGUGUGGGAGGCAGUGGUAGACGAUCAACCGUAAGACUCGCAGCUUUCGCUGCCGAUUGCGAGCUUUUUGAAAUUGCUCUCACCAGGGGAUACGACGAAAUGGCCUUCCGAGAAGAUAUCAAGAAACUGUUGAUGGUCGUCGGAGUCGAGAACACCAAAACCGUAUUCCUGUUCACCGACGAACAAGUGGUGGACGAAAGCUUUCUAGAAAUAGUCAACAAUCUCCUGACGACUGGCGUUGUCUCGGCACUUUUCACGGACGAAGAAAAGGACGGCAUCGUCGGGGCUUGCAGAAACGCUGCCAAGGAUGCCAAUUUCGGCGUGACAAAAGAGAACGUUUGGGCGUACUUCGUGAAACGCAGCACGGAGAACCUUCGCAUCGCGCUGUCGAUGAGUCCAUCGGGCGACAUUCUUCGUGGACGUUGUCGAAACUAUCCAGGUCUAGUCAACUGUACGACGAUCGACUGGAUCUUCCCUUGGCCGGAACAGGCGUUACUAGCCGUCGCCAAUGUCACCCUCAGAGACAACGUCCACAUUCCUGAGAACCACAGGGACGCGGUGGUUCGCCACGCAGUUCACGUGCACAUGUCGGUGAACCGGUAUACGAGCGAUUUUCUUGCUAAGCUGCGUCGGCCUAAUUACGUCACGCCAAGGCAUUACCUCGACGCUCUCGAGACGUACGUCAACCUGUUGUCGGAAAGACGUCAGUACAUCGAAGCUCAGUGUCAGCGUCUAUCCGGUGGUCUGUCCCGCAUAGCCGAGGCAUCGGCGAAUCUAGACAAACUGAACGCAGUCCUAGCCGUUCAGCGACUGAAGGUCAAGAGUCAAACGCAAGAAUGCGAGGCGCUUCUGGCGACGAUCGGCGAGAGCACCUCGAUCGCUGUUGCGAAAAAGUCCCUCGGCGAGGAGAAGCGCAAGGAGAUCGAGGACAGAAAUAAAAUUAUCGCUAAGGAGUCGAGCGAGGCUAGAGAAGCUCUGGCGGAAGCUCAACCGGCCCUCGAUGGGGCCAGAAAGGCGUUGGGAGAUUUGGAUAAGUCCGAUAUUACGGAGAUAAGAUCAUUCGCAACGCCACCAGAACCGGUACAGGUAGUCUGCGAGUGCGUCGCAAUAAUCCGAGGACUGAAGGAGAUAUCAUGGAAGAGUGCGAAAGGAAUGAUGAGCGAUCCGAAUUUCCUGCGCGUACUCCAGGAGAUGAACUGCGACGAGAUAACGCUGAAGCAACAGCAGAUGGUCAAGGCUCAUCUGAAGAAGUCCAACAAAAUGGAACAAAUGAAGACCAUCAGCACAGCUGGAUACGGCUUGUACAAGUUCGUUCUGGCGGUUUUGGACUAUUGCACCGUUUUCCGUGAAGUGAAGCCAAAAAUCGACAGAGUCCAGGAGUUGGAGGCUGAAUCGGAAAAGGCGCGAAAGGCUCUGGACAAGGAAGAGCGCGAGCUUGAAAAGGUGGAGAAACAGCUGCAGGAGCUGAACGCAAAGUACGAAAAGGCUAUGACGGAAAGACAAAGCUUGCAAGAAGAGACAGAUCUGCUGCAAAGGAGACUCGUCGCGGCUGACAAGCUGAUCGGCGGUCUGUCUUCGGAGAACGAACGCUGGAAGAUGGAAUUGGAGGCGCUGAAAAACGAGCUUGGGAAAACAGUCGGCAAUUGUCUUCUGUCCUCCGGCUUUCUGGCCUACAACGGCCCGUUCACGUACGAAUUUCGAACUGAAAUGCUCUACAACGAUUGGCUGCAGAGUGUCUUGGAAAAGGGGAUUCCCCUGUCUCAGCCGUUCAAGAUAGAAAGUCAACUCAGUAAUGACGUUGAAAUUAGCGGAUGGAAUUCAGAGGGACUACCCCCGGACGAAUUAUCGGUUCAAAAUGCCAUUCUGACGGUCAGAGCGUCGCGAUUUCCACUGUGCAUAGAUCCGCAACAGCAAGCACUCAAGUGGAUCAAGAAACGGGAAGAGAAAGCCAAUUUGAAAAUGCUCACCUUCAACGAUUCGGACUUCAUCAAGCAGGUGGAAAUCGCUAUUAAAUACGGAUUUCCAGUGCUGUUCCAAGAUGUCGACUACGUCGAUCCAGUGCUGGACAACGUGAUCAUGAAGAACGUUCAGACUGUUUCCGGACGUUCUUUCAUAAUGCUCGGAGACAAGGAAGUUGAUUACGAUCCCAAAUUCCGUUUGUACCUGAUGACGAAACACUCCAAUCCAAUUCUGAAUCCAGCGAUUUACGCAAAAGCCACAGUCAUCAACUACAUGGUCACCACAACCGGUCUAGAAGAACAGCUACUGUCUGUAGUGGUCCGUACCGAAAGACCGGACGUCGAGGAACAACGCGAAGCUCUGAUAACCGAGACGAGUGCACACAAAGCACUGUUGCAGCAGUUAGAGGACAACCUGCUGCGCGAGAUUGCCAGCAACCAGGGAAACAUGCUCGACAACAUCGACCUGAUUGAGACCCUGGAAAGCGCCAAGUCCAGUGCUCACGAGGUCUCAACAAAGCUGAAAGAAGCCGUUAUCACCGCCAAACAGAUCGACGGCUUGCGAGAAGAUUAUAGGCCAGCCGCUAAGAGAGGAGCUAUCCUGUUCUUCGUGUUGGCUGACAUGGCUAUCGUGAAUUCCAUGUAUCAGUACUCUUUAAGCAGCUAUCUCGAGGUGUUUGUGCAAUCGUUAAAAAAAGCUUUGCCAGACGCCCAACUGCCCAGACGUCUCAUAAAAGUCGUGAGAACCUUGACGAGAAGCGUCUACGAUUACGGCUGUACGGGGAUCUUCGAGCGACACAAGCUUCUGUUUUCCUUCCAAAUCUGCACAAGAAUCGAGCUGGAUCAGGGCAAAAUCAAUCAAGCCCAAUUGGACUUUUUCAUCAAAGGCAACGUCUCGUUAGAGAGAUCCAGUAGAAUCAAUCCUACAGACGGCUGGUUACCAGUUGCCGGUUGGGAGGAUAUCCUAAAAUUAGCUGCCGAUUUCCCAGAUAAGUUGGGUAACUUACCGAACGAGUUGGAGACUCGUGAUUCGGAGUGGAAAAAGUGGUUCGACCUGGACAGUCCAGAAUCGGUCGACCCUCCAUGCGACUACUCAUCCCAACUCACAGCCUUCGAACGUCUGAUGCUACUCCGCUGUUUCCGUGUGGAUCGAGUUUACCGAGCAGUGGUCAUCUACAUCAGCCAAACGAUGGGCGAAGAGUACAUAACACCACCGAGUGUCGGACUCGAUGCCGUAUAUGAACAGAGUACCCCGACGAUGCCGGUCGUCUUCGUGCUAAGUCCGGGUUCCGAUCCUACGAGUGAAUUAAUCAAAUUGGCCGAGAGACAUGGUUCUGGAGCUGGCAAAUUCAGACACCUGUCGUUGGGCCAGGGUCAAGAAAAGGCGGCGCUAGAGUUGCUGGAGAACGCGGUUACCAGAGGGCAGUGGCUCAUGCUGCAAAACUGUCAUUUACUACUCAGUUUUACGAGAGAGUUGGAAAAAACAUUGGAAAAUAUUGGAAUGCCACAUCCAGAUUUCAGACUGUGGUUAACUACCGAUCCUAAUCCCAAUUUUCCUAUUGGAAUUUUACAACAGUCACUCAAAGUCGUGACCGAGCCCCCUAAUGGACUAAAGUUAAAUCUCAAAAACACCUACUUCAAAAUGGCAGAUCAAGUCUUGGAAUGUUGCGAGCAUCCGGCUUACAAAGAUCUCGUUUACGUUCUGGCCUUUUAUCAUGCCGUUGUCCAAGAAAGAAGGAAGUACGACAAAAUCGGUUGGAACAUAAACUACGAUUUCAACGAAUCGGAUUUCAAUGUCUGUACCACAAUACUGGAUACUUACCUUACCAAAAAUCUGAGUUUUAAAGAAAGCAGGAUCCCUUGGAACAGUUUGAAAUAUUUGAUAGGAGAAGUAAUGUACGGUGGCCGAGUGAUCGACAACUACGACCGUCGUGUUUCGAAGGUUUACAUGGACGAGUACUUUGGCGACUUUCUCUUCGACACUUUCCAGCCGUACCAUUUCUAUCAAGAUGAGCAGGUCGACUACGUCGUGCCAGAAUCUGAUGAUCGUGCAUCGUACUUGAAGUUCAUAGAAGCACUUCCUUUGGUGAAUUCACCCGAAGUCUUUGGUUUACACCCCAAUGCGGAGAUAGGGUACUUCAGUCAGGCGACCAAAGAGAUGUGGUCUCAUUUGGUCCAGCUUCAACCACAGACCGUGCGCUUAAGCAAAAUAAUUGUCGGUAGUACCGGAAUAAGCCGAGAAGAGUUCAUCGACAACGUAGCCAAAGAAAUUUUAGGAAAAAUCCCGGACGAGUACGAUAUGGUGAAGAUCAAGAGAAACUUCGGAUUAUCUGUGUCGCCUACUACCAUCGUCCUCUUUCAAGAGCUUGAAAGAUUCAACAAACUGAUUAGAAAAAUGACGACAACUUUGCUACAGUUAAGAAAGGCGAUUGCCGGUGAAAUAGGUAUGGACGGAGUGCUUGAAAGCAUCGCAAACUCUUUGUACAAUGGAACACUACCAACAGAGUGGGCUAGACUGGCCCCGGAUACGCGGAAAAAUUUGGCUGGUUGGAUGGAACACUUCGAGAAACGAAUAGCUCAAUACACUAGUUGGUCUGGCUGCAACGAGCCAGUUGUAAUUUGGCUCUCAGGUUUGCACAGCCCAGAAACCUAUCUAGCUGCUCUGGUGCAGAUGGCCUGUCGAAAAAAUAAUUGGCCCCUUGACAGAUCGGUCAUGUAUACCGCGGUUUCGCGGUACGUCAAGGCUGAUGAAGUUGAAGAACGACCCGAAGAGGGUUGCUAUGUACAAGGGCUGUACAUUGAAGGCGCUCGCUGGGACGUAGAGGCGAAUUGCCUCAAGCGAUCGCAUCCAAAAGUAUUGAUCGAAGAACUGCCGAUUCUCACUGUGAUACCAAUUGAAGCGCAUCGGCUGAAACUUCUGAAUACAAUAAAAACUCCAGUGUACACGACCUCGAAUCGACGAAACGCUAUGGGCAUCGGUUUAGUAUUCGAAGCUGAUUUAGGUACCAAAGAACACGCAUCACAUUGGAUUUUACAAGGCGUUUCCCUUAUUCUUAAUACCGACUAAGCGAUGCAGUUUUAAACAAGUUUGUACAGUGUUUAUUCAUUUGAUUGUAAGUUGUAUAACUUAAAAAAAUAAAUAGUUUUUAAUAAA